AGAAUGACGGCCAAAAACGGGAGAAAUAAUAAAUUAUUAAUUACUUGUAUAUAGGUAGCUGCCUACAAAUAAUUGGGACUUUAAAAGUUGUUAAUAAUUGAAAGGAUUCUAAAGCUGUAGUAGCAGUUAUUAUUAAAAGAAACUUCUGGAAAAUUAAAAUGGAGAACGAUUACAUUGACAAAAAUGAUUUAGAGACAUUUCCAAGGAAUUCUGCUUUGAAAACUAGGAAGAAUGGGAGGAAACCAGCUUUGGAUGAUUUGGUGCAAUAUGUGACAUUACACAUUAGAAAUCCCAUAGCGCUAAGCGGAAUAGUAAUGCCAUUUAUAAUUUUAUAUUUAGCUGCUUUCUAUGUAUGGAUCUUCGUUUACGGAAUUGAUGUACAUUAUGAAGCCGGUCUUAUCACAGUUGCCGUAAUCGCAUUUAUUCAGAUUAUAUCUUUGCUAUGUUGUUAUUGGAGUGUGCAUGUGUUAGCUUUUCUUAAUUGCCGAAAAGUUAAAAUUCCAAAACACGGCGUCUUAGCUAAAGUUGUACCAACAGUAAAUAAUGGCUCAUCUCAAUUAGUACACGUAAACUGUAACAAAUUAGCAAAUGGCGAAGAGCAGCUUUAUUUUGUGUUCCAAAAGACAAAAUAUGUUUGGGAUAUUGAAAAAAAUACUUUUCGCAGCAUAGCAUUUCCUGUGAACCAAUCAUUACAAUAUUAUUCAUGUAGUCGCGGUCACGAAACUGAAACUUCUGUUAAAUUAGCUGAGCAAACCUAUGGAUUAAAUGAGAUGAAAAUGGUUGUACCAGAGUUCUAUGAAUUGUUUAUAGAACGUGCCACAGCACCAUUUUUCGUUUUUCAGAUAUUUUCAGUGGCUUUAUGGUGCCUAGACGAAUAUUGGUAUUAUUCAUUAUUUACACUUUUUAUGAUGGUAAUUUUCGAGUGCACACUCGUCGGACAACAACUUCAUAACAUGGCCGAAAUUAGAAAAAUGGGAAACAAACCCUACUUGUUGAAUGUUUUGCGACAAAAUAAAUGGCGGCAAAUUAACUCUGAUCAAUUGGUACCUGGAGACAUAGUGUCAAUAACAAGAUCACAAAGUGACAAUUUGGUUCCUUGUGAUAUAGUAUUGCUGCGUGGUAGUUGUAUUGUUGAUGAAAGUAUGUUGACAGGUGAAUCUGUGCCACAAAUGAAGGAAUCAUUGGAAACACUUGAUAACUUGGAUUUAGAAUUAGACAUGGAAGGUGAAAGUAAAUUAUUUGUUUUAUUUGGAGGCACUAAAGUUGUCCAACACACCGCCCCUACAAAGGAUGCAAUGCGAGCGCCAGAUGGUGGAUGCAUAGGCUAUGUGCUACGCAAUGGUUUUAAUACAUCUCAGGGAAAGCUAUUAAGAACCAUUCUUUUUGGUGUAAACCGAGUCACGGAAAAUAAUUUGGAGACAUUCGCUUUUAUACUAUUCCUUAUGGUGUUCGCUGUCGCAGCUGCUGUUUAUGUUUGGAUUAAGGGCACAGAGGAUCCUGAGAGAAGCCGGUAUAAACUAUUUUUAGAAUGCACACUCAUAUUAACAUCAAUUAUACCACCUGAUCUUCCAAUCGAAUUAACAUUAGCAGUGAACACUUCACUUAUGCAAUUAUCCAAACUUUUCGUUUUUUGCACCGAACCAUUCCGUAUUCCUUUUGCUGGGAAGGUUCAAAUUUGCUGUUUCGAUAAGACCGGAACUCUGACUUCCGAUAAUUUGAUGGUUGAAGGUGUGGUUGGUUUGGUCGAAGACAAUACCAUCGUGCCAAUGGAUAAAACAGACGACAAAACCAUUCAAGUUUUGGCGACGUGCCAUUCCUUGGUAAUGCUUGAGGAUGGUUUAGUUGGGGAUCCACUUGAAAAAGCUAUGCUUACAGCCGUUGAUUGGAGCCUUACCAAACAAGAGAGCGUCAUUCCAAAAAGAGGAAAGCUAAAACCUUUGCGUAUCUUUCAUCGUUAUUAUUUCUCAUCAGCGUUAAAAAGAAUGUCUGUGUUGGCAGGCUAUUUAAUUCCUUUUACCAAUGAAAUUUUUUAUAUAGGUACUGUAAAAGGAGCACCCGAAGUUAUUCAGAAAAUGUUAAAGGAGGUUCCCAAGCACUACGAAAAGACCUUUCUUGAGUUCUCACGUCGGGGUGCGCGCGUCUUAGCUUUGGGCAUUAAAGAAUUCGGUAAUAUGGAUGCCCAAAGAGUUCGAGAAUUGAAAAGAGAAGAUGUUGAAUGUGACUUAAUAUUUGCCGGUUUUGUCAUAAUAUCGUGCCCCAUAAAGCCCGAUUCAAAAAGUGUAAUUAAGGAACUAAUACAUGCUUCGCACAAAGUAGUAAUGAUAACUGGAGAUAAUCCACUCACAGCAUGCCACGUGGCUAAAGAAUUGCGAUUUACACGGAAAAAGCUACUUAUCCUUACACUUAAUAAAGCGGAUUCUAUAUGGCAAUGGCUUUCGAUUGACUCAGAGUCCAAGUAUUCUCUCAAACACGAGUUAACAGAUUUGUUAAAUGGAAAUGAUUUGUGUAUAACCGGAGAAGGUUUACUGUACCUCCGUGAAUAUGAAAACCAUUAUUUAUUAAAGAUAUUACCUUACAUUACGGUCUGUGCGCGCUUUGCACCAAAACAAAAAGAAUACGUAAUCACAUCUCUAAAGCAUUUAGGCUAUUAUACACUUAUGUGUGGCGACGGCACCAACGAUGUAGGAGCUCUGAAACAUGCUCAUGUCGGUGUAUCCCUUUUGAGCAAUAUACCAACAAAAACAAAAAAGAAACGGGAUGUCACUAACGGAUCAGGAACACUUGUUUUAGAUGCAGGUGUUUCUUCAUCUAAUAAUGUUGCUGUUAACGCUCGUAGCGGAAGACAUUUCACAAGUGCUUCCAAUACAAUGGAAAGGCAAGGCCUUUCGCCACGUGAACGUGCAAUUUUACGCCACAGGGAGAACCUAAAUGUUACACAGGCUCGAUUACAAUCAGAACUUAAGGAUAUGUAUGAGGAAACAUCUGUGGUGAAACUGGGAGAUGCUAGCAUAGCUGCACCUUUUACAAGUAAAACUUCUUCGAUAACAUGCGUCAAUCAUAUUAUCAAACAGGGACGAUGUACCUUAGUAACAACCUUACAAAUGUUCAAAAUUUUAGCCCUGAAUGCACUCAUAUCUGCCUACUGUCAAUCAGUUUUGUAUAUUGACGGAGUUAAAUUUAGUGACAUGCAAGCUACUCUGCAGGGACUCUUUAUUGCUGCAUGCUUUCUUUGUAUAACACGCUCAAAGCCGCUGAAAACUCUAUCGAAAACCGCGCCGUUGCCAAAUAUUUUCAACAUUUAUAGCAUAUCAACCAUACUUUGCCAAUUCGCUGUUCAUUUUGGUACGCUAUAUUAUUUAACACAGGAAGCAACAUUGCGAGCACCAGAAAGGACAGGGAAGAUUAAAUUGUACAUCGAUAUGGAUCCAGAAGAGAAGCAGUCUUUUGAGCCCAAUAUUAUAAACAGCACUGUUUACAUAAUUUGUCUUGCUCUUCAAGUUUCCACCUUCGCUGUUAAUCAUAAGGGACAUCCUUUUAUGGAAAGUUUGCGCGAAAAUCGUCCGCUUCUAACAUCUAUAUUGGUGUCUACCGGUUUAGUUUUAUUCCUUUCAUUGGAUCUCUCAUCUGACCUAACAGAAACUUUUGAAAUCGUAUCGUUCCCAGAAGACUUUCGUAAAACACUUGUACUUGUGUUACUGGCGGAUACUAUUGCUGCGUUUGCCUUAGACAGAAUAUGCUCGUUUCUUUUUGGCGAAAAGCGACGAAAAUCAAAAUUUACCGAAAACUAAGUUAACGGUCCCUUCAUAGUAUGAUGAUAUACAUAUUUCCUUUAUUUCCGAAGAAUAAUUACAUUGUAUUUAUUAAGAGUAUAAUUUUAAGAUAACCAACCGAUAACUAAAUAAUAUGAUGGUGUUGCACUCUGAAAUAAUAAACUCUUAGUAAAUUUGA